AUGGAAUCAUCCUGCAGCUCUAAGAUAGACAGUGUAAAGAGUUGCCAGAAAGAAACGAAAUCAAAUGCAUUGGCUGUAGUGCCAUUUGAUGACUCAACUCUGUUUCCUCAUCAAAAGCUGGAGAGAAAUUUCACAUUUGUUGGUCAUUCUUUCACCAUCAAACAGAAUUUUGGUAGUCUUGGUGUGGCAGCUGUUGUUUGGGACUCAGCUAUAGUUCUUGGAGAAUAUUUAGAAAAAAAUAAAGAAGUGAUUGAGGGUAAAUAUGUACUAGAACUUGGUUCUGGCACAGGUCUAACUGGAAUGGUGGCAGCCCUAUUAGGAGGGGAAGUGACUGUAACAGAAAGACAAGAGACCUUGCAGUCACUUAAUUUAAUGGUAAAGAAUAAUAUGCCUAAAGAUAAAAAAGACAGAAUUCAUGUUCGUGAAUUAGAUUGGACUAAAUCUUUGGAAGAAUUUCAAGAACACUAUGAUGUAAUACUCGGGGCAGACAUAAUUUAUAUCAAAGAAACAUUUGAUGACUUACAACGAACUCUUGUCCACCUAGCUAAUAAAGAUACCAUAGUUCUCCUAUCGUGUAAGAUACGAUAUGAUCGUGACACUGAUUUUUUGAAAGUUUUAGAAAAGGAUUUCAGCUUGAAAUUAGUUUUGCAUGAAAAAUCUCGAGAUAUCAGGAUUUAUUCUGCAGUGAAACAAUUCUGA